GGCGCGCGGGGUGCCGGGCUGGGCGGCCUGCGGGGUGCAGGGAAGGGAGGCCGUCGGGCGCCUGCUGCCUGCUCCGGCGGGAAGAGGAGCUCAGGCCGCCGGUGAGCAGGAUGAGAGCGAGGCCCCGCUGACGCCGGCGGGGGCCACUGGCUGGGAGCGCCAUGUGUCUGCGCCUCGGCGGCCUGAAUGUGGGUGAGUUCCGGAAGGUGCUGAUGAAGACAGGUCUGGUGCUGGUCGUGCUGGGUCACGUGAGCUUCAUCACAGCGGCUGUGCUCCACGGCACCAUGCUUCGCUUCGUGGCUGCCACCAGCGACGCCGUGGUCCUCCAGUACUGCGCAGUGGACAUCCUCUCCGUCACCUCUGCCAUUGUGGUCAUCCUCACUGGAAUUGCAGCCGUCGUCUUGUCUCGCUACCUCCCCAGCACCCCUUUGCGCUGGACCGUGUUUAGCUUGAGCGUGGCCUGUGGCCUGCUUUCUCUGACCUGUGCUGUUGGACUCCUGGCCUCCAUCGCGGUGACUUUCGCCACCCAGGGCAGGGCGCUGCUGGCAGCCUGUACUUUUGAGAGCCCUGAGCUCCCGACGCUCGCACCUGACUGUCCUUUUGACCCCACUCGGAUUUAUAGCUCCAGCCUGUGCCUCUGGGCCAUCUCUCUCAUGUUCUGUGUGGCGGAGAGCGUGUCUGCCGUGCGCUGCGCCCAGCUCGUGCACCGGCUGCUGGAACUGAGGCCCUGGUGGGGGGAAAGCUGCCACCACACGAUACAAGCAAGCCCAGAGCCCCUGGAUGGCCACGACCUCCUGAGCUGCGCCAGCUCCGUGCAGCUGACCCUCUGACACCUCAGCAGCACCAUGGCUACUGAGGCACGUGACCAAGCCUGGACAUGUGAUGAAGCUUGCACUGACCUGCGCCCAGGACUCCUAGAGCAGGCCCAAGAAAGCUCAGUGGACCCCUGGGCACACUGGCCGCCAAGCAGUCUGCACUGAAACAAGACUUUAUUCUGAAGUUAUUAAAAAGAACAGAGAUGCUC